CCAGCGAGCAUCGGGCUUCGGGCACUGAGCGUCGCCUGCCUGUGAGCCACCGCCCGCCAGCCGGCCUCCGAGCGCCACACCUGCGCGACAAUGCCUGCGGCCCCCGCUGCCCGCGCCUGGCCGCCUCUGCUCCUGCUGGCCGUCCAGCUCGGCGCCACCGCUGGCACCCCGCAGCCGUGGCACUGUGCGCCCUGCACCCCUGAGAAGCUGGCGCUCUGCCCUCCGGUGCCCGCCUCCUGCGCCGAGACCGCCCUGCCCGCCGGCUGCGGCUGCUGCCCCAUGUGCGCCCUGUCACAGGACGCGCCCUGCGGAGUGGCCACUGCGCGCUGCGCCACCGGGCUCAGCUGCCGAGCGGUGCCAGGGGAAGAGCGGCCCCUGCACGCCCUCAUCCGCGGCCAGGGCGUCUGCGUGCCCACCGAUGCCGCCGCAGAUGCCAAGGAGUCCUCGGAGAGCUCGGAGAUCACCCAGGAGCAGCUCCUGGAGAACUUCCACCUGAUGGUCCCGUCGGAGGAGGACACGCCCAUCCUCUGGAACGCCGUCCGUAAUUACAAGACCGUGGGAUCCGGCGACUCCGACAAGUUGAAGGAGCCCUGCCGGCGGGAGCUGCACGAGGUGCUGGCGCGGCUGGCCGAGGAGCAGGCGUCCAGGCAGCUGUACAGUUUCUACCUGCCCAACUGCAACAAAAAUGGGUUCUAUCACAGCAGACAGUGCAAGACGGCCAUGGACGGCCAGCGCGGGCUCUGCUGGUGCGUGUACCCCUGGAACGGGGAGAGGAUUCCGGGGUCCGUGGAGGUCAGAGGCGACCCCAACUGCGGGCAGUAUUUCACCGGGCACAGCUGAGAGCACGCGCGCUGUCCUCUGUCCCUUCACAGGGAAUAUUUAAGUACAUAGUGUAUUUAUAGUCUAGAAAUCAUGCACACUUACCUAGCUAUAUAUGUAUAUGUGUGGGAGCCACUUUUAUACGUGUUGGUGGACGCAUAAAUCUGUAGUUUAUUUAUUCACUGUACAUGUAUUUUUUCGACACAGUCGCUGUGCUGUGUUACUUUGUAAAUCAUGAAACACGUUAGAGGCACUGGGUGUAAAUACUUGAUUUGUAGCUCCUCAAGGUUCCCUGCUUCUGGUUCUAGAAAGCAGGGGAAAAAUAAAGCC